UUUUUUUUUUUUUUUACAACUCUGGGUAUUACACCAAUUUCUAUCACUAUGCCUUAUGUUGCCACACCAUAUUAUCUACCUAUAGCCUCAUGAGACUCACCUGGCCCCAACCUCCCUCGCCGCUUAAAUGCAUAAUUCCUAGCAUUCGCCCCCGGAGCGAGAGGCCGGCGACGGAACCCGCACUAGUAAGCGCGGAAGAUCUCCAUUGCGGCACAGGACCCUACGCCUACAUGGGCUCUCCCUGUGAGGCCCAGGGUCUAGUUAGUAUAGAUCAAGCGGUCCCGGAGCGUAGAUCUUUCUCGCCCGGCCCCUUUGCUCGAUCAGCUAGGGCACUCCUUAAGGUCCAGCAUCCGGGAUUCACCUCUCUUAUACAUUUCCAUAUCUCAUAGGUCCGAUCGACUUGAGGUUCGGAUCGCAUUGCAUGGCCUAGGAUUAUGAUUCCUGCUCUGGAUGUAGAGACUGCCGACGGCCCGGGCAUCGAUGGCCACAGCUCGACUAACGGGUCGUCGCGCAAUGGAGAGGUCGUGGCUAACGGGUCGGCGGCGAAUGGGAACGGGGUGGCCCCGAACGGACAUUCUGCCAACGGGAAUUCUUCAAACGGCCGCUCCGCAGAGACGCCCUUGAGCAACGGCCACCAUACCAACGGCCACUAUACCAACGGCAACCACACCAAUGGGCACAACGGCACCAGUGCGCCGGUUGACGGCGCCAUACCCAUCGCGAUUUGCGGCAUGGCUCUUCGCCUACCUGGGAAGCUGACGACGCCCCAGGAGUUCUGGGAGUUUCUGCUCGCCAAACGCGACGCGCUCUGCCGAGUCCCCGCCAGCCGCUACAACGUGUCCGCUCACUACUCGCCCGCAGGCAAGCCGGGUCUCGUCGGGACGGAGUACGGGUGCUUCCUCGACGAGAGCGUCGAUCUGGGAGCCCUGGACACGUCCUUCUUCACCAUGCCGCGGACGGAAGUGGAGCGCGCAGAUCCCCAGCAGCGGCUCCUGCUCGAGGUCGCUAGGGAGUGCUUUGAGGACGCCGGCGUCACCGGCUGGAGGGGCAAGACUAUCGGCUGCUAUGUCGGGAACUUUGGCGAGGAUUGGGUCGAGAUGUUCGCCAAAGAGCCCCAGCAGUACGGCAUGCAUCGGAUUGUCGGCUACGGAGACUUCGUGCUCUCGAACAGAAUCUCAUACGAGAUGGACUUGCGAGGCCCCAGUAUGACCAUCCGUACAGGAUGUUCGGCCGCCUUGGUCUGUUUGAACGAGGCUUGCAUGGCCAUCUCCAGAGGUGACUGUGAAGCCGCGCUCAUUGGCGGCGUCAAUCUUAUAUUAGGCCCGGGUAUGUCGGCUGCUAUGACGGAGCAGGGCAUCAAUUCCAAGGAUGGUACGUGUAAGACCUUUUCUGCCGAGGCCAACGGAUAUGGUCGUGGCGAAGCUAUUACCGCCGUCUACAUUAAACCGCUGAGCGACGCUAUCCGGGACGGCAACCCGAUUCGCGCCGUGAUCAGGGCUACUUCGCACAACGUCGACGGGAAAACCCCCGGAAUGUCACAGCCGAGCACCGAUGCGCAAGAGGCGCUGAUGCGGCGAGCCUACAAAGUUGCUGGUAUCACAGACUUCUCGCAGACUGCCAUGGUAGAAUGCCACGGAACGGGAACACCUACUGGUGAUCCUAUCGAAGUUAAGGCUGUCGCUCGCGUUUUCGGCGAGUCUGGGGUCUACAUUGGGUCCGUCAAGCCGAAUAUGGGGCAUACAGAAGGGGCUUCGGGCCUGGUAUCGUUAAUCAAGAUGACCAUGGCCCUCGAGAAUCGCAUCAUACCGCCUAAUAUCAGAUUCAUAACCCCCAACCCGAAGAUUCCUUUCAAAGAAGCGAAGCUCACGGUACCUUUGGAACCGACGCCUUGGCCGAAGUCGCGCCUCGAGCGCGUGAGUGUGAACUCCUUUGGCGUCGGCGGCGCCAACGCCCACGUAGUUCUGGACUCCGCUGCUAGUUUCAAUGCCUCGCCUGUGUUGUCGGCCGCACCGUCGACACCUCAACUCCUACUGUACUCAGCCAACCAUGCCAAGUCGCUUGCGAGAAUGGUUGAGAACUACAAGCAGUGGAUAGAGAAGAAUCCCGGGCGAGUUGCAGAUCUAGCCUACACCUUGGGUAGAAGGAGAGAGCAUCUGCCGCACCGUACAUAUACUAUCGUCAAUAACGGGGUAGCCGAAAGUGCGGCACCGCCGACGAGAGCGGGCCAGAAGCAGAACGUGGUCAUGGUGUUCACGGGACAGGGUGCUCAGUGGCCGCUCAUGGGCAAGGAGCUAUUGCAAUCUAACGAUACUUUCAAGGCUACGAUCCAAUCUCUAGAUCGAUACUUGAAAGAAGCAUUGGGAGAUGCACCACCGUAUUCCAUUGAAGAACAGCUUCAGCUGCCGGCCAGGAAGAGCCGGCUCAGCUCGGCAGAGCUGUCCCAGCCGCUUUGCACUGCUCUUCAAAUCGCGCUUGUGGACACUCUCAAGUCCUACGGAAUUACGCCGAGUGCCGUGGUUGGGCACUCCAGCGGCGAGAUCGCGGGGGCAUACGCUGCUGGAGCCCUGACUGCAAAGGAGGCGAUCCUGGCCGCUCAUCACCGCGGUGCUGUGACGUCGAAGCAGAAGAAGUCGGGAUCGAUGGCAGCUAUCGGCAUGAGCUGGGAGGACACUGAAAAGUUCCUGGCACCCAACGUUACUAUUGCGUGCGACAACUCGCCCAAGAGCGUUACGGUCUCCGGCGAUACCAAGGACGUGAAGGCUGUCGUCGCCGCCAUCAAGAAAGCACGCUCGGAUGUAUUGGCGAGACUACUCCAAGUCGACAAGGCAUACCACUCGUACCAUAUGGCUGAGAUCUCAGGAGACUAUCGCGCGUUAAUCGGCGAGAUGGAGAAGAGGGACCCUACCAUCCCUUUCUUCUCCAGCGUGACGGGAAAGCUGCUAGGCAAAGACCGGGACCUCGGGUCGCAGUAUUGGCAGGAUAACUUGCAGUCUCCAGUGCGAUUCAACGAAGCUGUAACUGGACUCCUCGAGCAUGAAGUUGGACAAAACGCCGUUUUCGUCGAAGUUGGGCCGCAUUCCGCUCUCGCUGGGCCGCUGAGGCAGAUAUUCACCGAGGCUUCCUCUACUGCCCCCUAUGUCUCGUCGAUGACGCGCAACCAGAAUUGCAUCGCCUCUAUCCUGACUGCUAUCGGAAAGCUCCACUCGUUGAAUGUGUCGGUUGACCUGGGCGCAGUGUUUCCGACCGGGACUUGUCUCCCAGACCUGCCUCGCUAUCCGUGGAACCACGAGGAGAGCUACUGGUACGAGACUCGCAUUUGCAGAGACUGGCGUCUGCGAAAGCACCCGUAUCACGACUUGCUGGGAAUCCGCUCGCCCGAAAGCACAGAUAUCGAGCCCGCUUGGCGGAAUUUGUUCCACCUGUCCAACGCGCCCUGGGUCCGCGACCACAAAGUCGGAGACGAUGUCGUAUUCCCAUUCGCAGGCUACAUCGCUAUAGCUGGAGAGGCUGUUCGACAGAUCAGCGAAGUGGAGGAGGGGUUCAACAUCCGAAAUAUUAUUGUUAGCACAGCGCUGGUCCUGGGUGAUGGGAAACCUACCGAGAUAUUAACCACGUUCCGGCCGCAUCGCUUGACCACUACGCUCAAUAGUCCGUGGUGGGAAUUCUCCGUCUCCUCCUUCAACGGCCAUGGGUGGACCAAACAUUGUGCAGGCGAGGUAUCGGCGCUCUCGUCACCUAUCGAGCCCUCGUACGAGCCGGUCCCCGACGAGCUCCCUCGAAAGGUGAAUGCGCGGAAGUGGUACGAGACCAUGCGCAAGUCUGGCCUCGAUCUCGGGCCAAUGUUCCAGACGCUCGACACCAUAGAUACCUCCGUGGACGCCGAAAACUGGGCGAUAGGGAAAGUGGUCAACAGUAGACAGGGCGACGAGGCCAACUAUCACAUUCACCCCACGGUCAUCGACGGAACCCUGCAGAUAAUGAGUGCCGCUGCCGUCAACGGCUAUGCCCGCAAGGUAAAGAAUUGGCUCCCUACUGGUAUCGACAAGCUGAGCAUCGUUCGAUGCUCCUCUGGUAUGGUCACGAGCGUGUCCGCAAAGAUAACGAGUAACCACUCUCUCCUCGGACGCGGGCGUUGCACCUCCAACGGCGUCAUAGUCAUACAGGCCUCAGGUAUUCGGAUGUCCUUAGCAGAUGGUGGCCUCCCCGGUGAGAUACCUGAUACUCACGCGGCGGCUCGAUACGAAUGGGCCUCCGACAUAGACUUUUUGAAGAUACAAGAUCUUAUUCGACCGCCGACGGGCCGCAAAGAGCACGCUGCCCUCCUUGAAGAACUCGGCCAGCUCUGCUUGGAGUCUUCGAGACGAACACUCUCUGGACGACAAACAUUCCUCGGCCAUAUCAAAAAAUACAUAGCGUGGCUUGAUUCUCAAGUCCAAACGGAGGACCUGAAGCAACUCGAUAAUGACACCCUCUCCUCUCGAAUCGAGGAGCUUGCCGCCAAGCUCUCCGAAACUCCGGCGGCACCCGCGGCCACAGCCCUUCACCAGUUUUCGACGAAGAUCGAGGAUGUAUUCUCGGGCCGAGGCCUGCCGGACGUAUUAUCGGCCGACAUACUCACGAGCCUCCACCAAUUCCUUAACGGGACAGAUGUCUCUCAGUUUAUCCGGUCCCUGGGGCACUCGAAGCCGAACCUGCAGGUCCUCGAGAUCGGGACGGGGAGAGAACCACUAGCAAACGGCAUUCUUAAAGACCUCACCCGGCCUAACGGCCAAGUUCUGUGCUCUAAGUACACCUUCACGUCAACGGGCUUCAUCUCGGCCAAGGACCAGCAGAAGCCGUUCGCAAACAUGGAGUACGCCACCCUGGACAUCAGCAAGGACCUCGGCGAACAGGAGUUCGAGGGCCGCCAGUACGACCUGAUUAUAGCGUCGCACGCGGUGCACGUAGCCAAGGACGUCCGACAGGGUCUGAAGAACAUCAGAAAGCUGCUCCGUCCUGGCGGACGACUACUGUUACAGGAACUGUGCCCGUCCUCAAAAUGGAUUAACUACCUAUACGGUGUGGUGCCGAACUGGUGGCAUGGUAGUACCGAUAACAGGUCCGACGGGCCUUACUUCGAUGCCGAGGGGUGGAAAUCCGAGCUUCAGGUUGCCGGAUUCGAUGACUUUGAGGGGAAGAUCUUGGACGCGGAGGAGCCUCAUCAGCAAACUGUUGUCAUAGUUGCGAGACAUUCCCGGUCCGAAACAGUUCCCCUAAAGCGGGUGACCAUCCUAGGCGGAGCAGUGGAGGACGGGCUUAACCCUAUCGUCUCCCAACUCGAGAAGGAAGGAUACGAAAUUACCAGAUGUAAGAUCGAGGACACGCCGCCACCGGGACAGGACGUCAUCUCCCUCCUCGACCUGUCCGGGCCGUACUUCGAGACGGUGGACUCGGCCCGCUGGGACUCCUUCAAGCAGUUCCUGCAUAACCUCCAGGACGCGGGCCUCUUCUGGGUCACGCCGCUCUGCCAGAUCGGCUGCGCGGACCCUCGAUACGCGCAGGUCAUCGGGCUAGCGCGGACGGUGCGCACGGAGCUGACGAUCGACUUCGCGACAUGCGAAGUAGACGACUUCAGUGCUGCGACAGCCGCCGGUAGCGUCGUCCGGAUUUUCGCCAAGUUCCAGCGGCGCGAAGCCGACGAGGUCCUGAACCCCGACUUCGAGUACGCUGUCCGCGACGGCGACAUCCGCGUCGGCCGCCUGUACCCCUUCGCGCUGCGCGGCGAGCUCGUGACGUCGGGCCGCGAGGACAGGGCCAUCCUCGACGUCGCCACCCCCGGACGUCUCAAUACCCUGCGCUGGCUCCGGCUGCCGCGCGAGGAGGUCUACGGGAACAAGGUAGAGAUCGAGGUCCACUCCGCCGGGCUUAACUUCAGAGACAUCCUAGUCGCCCUGGGCAUCGUCGAACUCCCCAUCCGCCAGUUCGGGCUCGAGACCGCCGGCUUCGUGACGCGCGUAGGCCCUGACGUCAAGAAUGUCAAAGUCGGGGACCGCGUCUGCUGUCUGAUACAGCAGGCCUAUUCCACCUACGUCGUCACACCGGAUUACUUCUGCACCCGUAUCCCCGAUCGGCUCAGCUUCGACGAGGCCUCCUCGAUGCUCAUGCCGUUUGUCACGGCGAUCCACUCUCUAAUCAACGUGGGACGUUUAGAAAAGGGGCAGUCCGUUCUAAUCCACAGCGCGUGCGGCGGCGUCGGCCUAGCAGCGGUCCAGAUCUGCCAGAUGCUAGGAGCCGAGAUCUACACGACGGUCAGCAACGAGGAGAAGACGCGAUUCUUAACGGAGAACUACGGGGUCCCUAGGGAGCGGAUCUUCAACUCGCGCAACGCCUCGUUCGUCGAGGGCAUCAUGCGCGAGACGGCGGGCCGCGGCGUCGACAUCGCCCUCAACUCGCUGUCCGGCGAGCUCCUUCACGCCACCUGGUCCUGCGUCGCCGAGUUCGGCACCAUGGUCGAGAUCGGGAAGCGCGAUCUCAUCGGCAGCGGCAAGCUCGACAUGAGCCCAUUCCUCGCGAACCGGAGCUACUGCUGCGUCGACAUUGACCAGCUCUGGAGGAAGCCCCCGCUACUACAGAGCGUCAUCCUGGCAACGAUCGAGUACUACGAGAAGGGGCUCACGACGGCCAUCCGCCCGCUGAAGAUGUUCCCGGCGGCGGAGACGGCGGACGCGUUCCGGUACAUGCAGAAGGGGCAGCACAUCGGGCGCGUCAGCAUCUCGCUGCGCGCGUCCGAGGCGGACCGCGAGAUCCGGUUCGCGACGGCGCAGCGGCCGCGGCCGGUCGCGUUCAGCGGCGCCGCGUCGUACCUGCUCGUCGGCGGGCUCGGCGGGCUCGGGCGCUCCAUCUCGACGUGGAUGGCGGACCACGGCGCGCGCGAGCUCGUGUACCUCUCGCGCAGCGCCGGCGCCGGCGCGCAGGACGCCGCGCUGGUCGCCGAGCUCGCGAGCAUGGGCUGCGCCGCGCGGCUCGUCGCCGGCGACGUGACGCGCGCGGAGGACGUCGCGCGCGCCGUCGCCGCCGCCGCGCGCCCCCUCAAGGGCGUCAUCCAGAUGUCCAUGGUGCUGCGCGACCAGAACUUCGAGGCGAUGACGCUCGGCGAGUGGAGCGCCGCGGUCGCGCCCAAGGUCCGCGGCACGUGGAACCUGCACGAGGCGACGGCCGGCGCCGCGCUCGACUUCUUCGUCCUGUUCAGCUCGCUGUCGGGCGUCGUCGGCCAGCCGGGCCAGGCCAACUACGCCAGCGCCAACACGUUCCUCGACGCGUUCGCGCAGUUCCGCGCCGCGCGGGGGCUCGCCGCCUCGGUCGUCGACAUCGGCGCCGUCGAGGACGUCGGCUUCAUCGCCCAGAACCCGGGCCUCAUCGGCAAGAUGAAGGCGACCGGCUUCAAGGCGGUGUCGGAGCAGGAGCUGCUCGACGCGCUGGCCGUGGCCACGGCGCCACCGCCGCCGCAGCAGCAGAAGGCCGCCGCCGCGGGCGCGUUCGCCGACCCGCACACGUUCGUGCUGGGCCACGGCUCGGCGACGCCGCUGGGCAGCGCGGGCAACCGCGCGGUGUGGCGGCGGGACCGGCGCAUGGCGGCGUACCACAACCUAGCAGCGGGCGCCGGCGGGGACGGGGGCGCGGCGGCGUCGAACGAGACGCUGAAGACGUUCCUGGCGGGGGCGCGGGCGGACCCGGCGGUGCUGCGCGGGCCGGAGGCGGCGCGCACGCUGGCGCUGGAGAUCGGGCACAAGCUGUUCGACCUGCUGCUGAAGCCGCAGGACGAGCUCAACACGUCGUGGUCGCUCGUCGACCUCGGGCUCGACUCGCUCGUCGCGCUCGAGCUGCGCGCCUGGUGGAAGCAGGUCUUCGCCUUCGACAUCAGCGUCCUCGAGAUGCUCGGCAUGGGCUCGCUCGACGCCCUCGGCCAGCACGCCGUCGAGGGCCUGCUGCGCGCCGUCGCCGAGGAGGAGGAGAGGAAGGCGGCCGAAUGAGAGGGCCGUGCGAACGAGAACGAGGAUGGCGAAGAGGGUGAUCUAUAAGUGAUGACAGGGGAAGCGUUUAUAUAUUACUCUGAUUCCCUUUUGGUGUGUUCUCUAUUUUCCUUGUAUGUAUGUAUCUCAGUGCGCAUGCGGGACUCUAUAGCCUCAAGUUUUAGGUAGCAAUCAAUUACCUAUCUUUCAGGGGUCCGGCUAUAGCCGUCGAUCUUG